CCACCGUCGCUGUCACAACAAAUAAGUUGGGUUAGGCGUUAACUGUCAUGUCAUAGAUGAGAAGCAAAUGUAAAAUAUGUGGGAGUUGUUUCGCAGCUACGUAGAUAAAUCGUCGAAAUAGCGAGCGGGGCAGUGCGAUGGACCAAUCGCCCCCGAUAAAACCCCCUCGGGGGGUGAAACCCGUAAAGGAAACGAGCGGCCUCUUAAUGUCCGUUAUCCGCACUUUAUCGGCCAGCGAGACCAACGAGCAGCGGGACCGGGAAAAGGCGAAACUCGAGGCGGAUUUCAAAUUGUGCGAUCGGAAAUUGGACGAACUCGUGUCCCAGCACGAGAACGACCUCAAAAAGGUGAUGCACAUUUUCGGGCGAAUAUCGCAGUCGGUAACCGAGAACAGGGAGAAAAUCCGAAAAGUCCGGGAAACGUUGCAAGAUUGCAAGAAGAAAUUGCGAUGUAAACGGGACGAGCUGAAGAAUUUGUGGACAGAAGGGUUGGAGUACAAAAACAUGCUACAGCUUUUAAAUGAAAUCGAGAAAUUGAAUGAAGUACCUAGUCAGUUUGCGAGUCAUUUGAGCCACAAACGGUACCUGCACGCCACCAAACUUUUGGUGGAGGCGGUGGCCUUAGGCCGCGAUCGCCUAAUCGAUGUCGACAGUGUGAAGGAGCUCUGCCUGGAUUUGGAACAAAAAAAGGAACAACUUCAUGUGGAACUGGUUGCCGAAUUGAAACAGCUUUUGUAUACCAAGCCAUCCCAGCAUAUUUUAACACUGAGACGGCAGGGGUCUGGCCGGGACGGAUUCCUGAUCAAUUCUCCCUUAAGAAGAAGCGGCAAAGGAAGAUUGUCCGGCAGAACCCGGUCCAAGGUCGCCAGGAACCUAAUGGAAGACAUCGCGAGGGAAAACAGGGAUUUGUUCAGUGACAAUGUAGAUCUGGACAACGAUUUGGACUUGUCAAUCAACGAGGAAAAUCCCAAACACUACAUGGCAAUAAUAGUUAAGAGCCUGUGCCUAUUGGAAAAGUUGCCUUACUCGAUCGAUGAAAUCGCCAGAGACAUGCAAAUAUCGCUAACCCAAAUCGUACAAAAAUCGACGCAGCACGUCAUAGACUACGCGGAAGGAAUCGAUUCCAAGCUGGCGUUGAAGGAGUUGGUCAACAUACUGUUUGAUCAGUUCAAGGAGGCCUCGGACGCGCACGGCACCUUCUUAAAGUGGGUCGACAAGGCGAUCGCCGCCCACAAAGUAACCUUCAAGCCUUACACUCUACAAUACUACUGGUCGCAAAUCCAAGUCGUGCUCCAGACGUUCCUCAACGAUUACAUGGACUUGCAAAACAUGACGACCGAUUUGCAAAUCAACGCGAUCCCCGAGAACACCGACAUUUCCUUGUACUUCUCGCGCAGAAAGCAACAAAGCAAGAAGAAGACUCUGUUCAAAUUCGAAGGCUCCUCGAGUGCCCUGACCCUCAGCAGCGCAUUAAAGUCGACCAAGAAGGAUAAAGUGCUGAUAUGCAGGCCGCACCCCAACAACAUACUGGUGCUCUUCGUGCCGCUGAUGUGUUUCAUCGAGGACGUGGAGCAGCUUUUGGGCGUGGCCCACGGCACGUGCGCCCUCUACAAGUACGUGACGAUGCACGUGUCCAACGUUUACUUGAAACGCAAGUCGGAUGAAAUCGUCGAGCAAGUGGAGGCUGCUUUCAAGGCCGCGGACGCGUGGAAGACCACCGUCCUGCUCGAUUUGUCGGCGGACUACAAGCCGCUGUUGACGAGUACCGUCAGCGUGGAGAGAUGUAUAAGAGAGUGGAAGGCGGUAUUGCAAGCGCUGCCGCUGUAUAGCGAAAAGAUCGCCGAAUACUCGGUGAAAGCGCUCAGAGAGUACAAAGAAACGUGUUACGCCGCGUACCAGGGCCUGGUGCAGCCGCACUCCGAGGACAAACGGAUAUGCAGCGCCGCGUGGCUCAAAGACGAGGAUAUCAACCGGUUUUUAAAGUCGUUACCCAACUGGCUGAACCUCAAGGCCCAGCAGGAGUCGCACGCGCGCAGCGAGCGCAGCCGCAGGGUGCUGCGCGACCAGCCCUCGGAGGAGGAGAGCCCCGAGGAUGUGCGAAUGAGGAACCGGAAAGAGGCCGAAAUUCUGGCGAGCAAUCUGGGCGAAGGGGGCGUGUCUGCAGCGGAAAUUUUAUCGGACAUGUCGCUGCUCAAGGAACUCGCCACGUUGCAGGAGAGUAUGGAAUGGUUUUCGGUGAGGAUGCUGCAGUACACCAGCGACUUCCGGAUCGAGCCGUCGCGACUAUCGCCGCACAGAGCCGAGAACUCGCACGGCGAUGUCGCCCCGCCCGUCUCGGCCACCACGCUCCACCACCUCACCGGUAUCGCGCAGGAAUUCGACGAACUUGCCAACACGUGCCUGCUCCUGUUGCAUUUAGAGGUUAGGGUACAGUGCUUCCAUUACCUGCUCGCGCAGACGCACCACAACAAAGAGACGCACGAGCCGGACCCGAAGGUGCUCGAGCUAAGCCGCGUGCUCGCCAACGUCGACGAGGCGAUGACCUCGAGCCUGCACCCUCGAAAAUGCAAGUACAUCUUCGAGGGUCUCGGCCACCUCAUAGCGAAAAUAUUGAUCAGUUCCGCGCAGUACAUGCAAGGCAUCGACGACGCGGGCAUCCAGCGUAUGUGCCGCAACAUAUUCGCGUUGCAGCAAACGCUGACCAACAUCACGAUGACGCGGGAGGUGGCCCUCGACCAUGCCCGUCACUACUUCGAGCUAUUUUUCCUCGCGCCCGAGGAGAUCCUCAACGGGAUAGUGGACAAGGGGCCCGAGUUUUCGGAGCUCGAGUACAUGAACGCGCUCCAGCUACUCAACAGGAGCCGUCAGGGAGCCGGGAGUUCGGUGACCGUUCAUCUCGAGCGUCUGUCCGACAUACUGGGAGAAGUGGGCGUUACCGUUUAGUCGGUCACAGUUCAAACAAAGAGA